AUGGCUACGCAAUACGGUGGUGAUGAGGUCUCCGCACUCGUCUUGGACCCAGGAUCGGCAUGGACAAGAGCCGGAUACGCCGGCGAAGAUACUCCCAAAUCAAUAGUUCCCACCACCUACGGUUACCUCCCACCCGCCGACGAAUCCUCCAAAUCCUCCUACAUCAUCGGGGACCUCGAGCUCUCCUUUCCCCGACCCUCAAUGGAGAUCAAGAACCCUAUGUCAGAUGGCGUGAUCCAGGACUGGGAUGCGGAAACGCAGAUCUGGGAGUACGCGCUCAAGAAGAGACUGAAGGCUGAGCCGAAGGAGCAUCCGUUGUUGAUUACUGAGCCGGCGUGGAAUCAGCCUAAGAAUAGGGAGAAGGCUAUGGAGGUUGCAUUUGAGACGUUAGAGGUACCGGCAUUUUACUUGGCCAAGAGUGCGGUAUGUGCCGCUUUCGCGAACGGAAAGGCGACGGGACUUGUUGUGGACGUGGGUGCAGGGCAGGCAUCAGUCACCCCAGUCUACGACGGAUUCGUCCUCAAAAAAGGAGUCAUGCACAAUACCUACGCAGGCAACGCAAUUGAUAGCCACCUCCAAACCAAACUCUCUGCCCAACAAAUCCCCCUCAAUCCACGCUACCUCAUCUCACGCCGCGUCGCCGUCGAACCCGGAGCACAACCCACCCCAACCCUCCGCGAAACGAAAGCAACCCAGUCAUACCACGCCUACGCACAAUCCCGCGUCAUCAAUGAAUACAAAGAAUCUGUCUGUGCGACAUGGGAGGGACCCGGUCACUUUGACGAGCGUGCCUCCGCAGGUCGACCUGGCCGGACAUUUGAGUUCCCCGACGGAUACAAUAACACUUUCGCCGGAGCAUCCCGAUAUGCGGCCCCAGAACUGUUGUUCACCACACCACAUUCCCUCACAACCCUGAUCCUUCAAUCCAUCAACGCCUGCGACGCAGACCUCCGUCCCUUCCUUUACUCCUCCAUCCUCGUCACCGGCUCUACAACCCUCCUCCCCGGCUUCACCGACCGUCUCGUCUCUGAACUCCAAGCCGCUGCACCAGGCGCCAAAGUCCGUGUGCAGGCGCCUGGAAAUUCUGUGGAAAGAGGAUGUGCGUCAUGGAUUGGUGGAUCGAUUUUGGCGAGUUUGGGUACGUUUCAUCAGAUGUGGGUUAGUAGGCAGGAGUAUGACGAGGCGGGAGCGGAGAGGUUGGGGUUGGUUGAGAGGAGGUGUACGUAA